AUGUGUCUUCUUCAAUGUGACGGUUCUUCAGGAUUAAUCUAUGGGCUUCUAACUUCCUUCGUCGUCAACAAUAGAAAGAGAAAUAAAAAACCGAUUCGAAAAACUGGAACAUUUGAAAUAAGGCACUGCAGCUGGAGGCACUGUGGAGAUUGUGGUAAAUGGGACAACCAAAGUUUUAGAGAAGGAAAAGUACAGAAAAGAAGAGUAUUUGACCAACUUUUUCAGCAGGACAAAUAUUUGGCGUUUAUACUGAUGGUUGCUGCAAGUUCAAUGGGAGAGGAACUCUUCUAUAGAGCUGCAAUUCAGGGGGCACUGGAAGAUAUAUUUUUGCGAGGCAGUAAUCUUAUUCAAGAUGUACGUGGAAUGGCGUCUUUGACAAGAGUUCUACCACCAUUUUUUCCAUUUUCUCAAGUACUCACAGUUGUACUUACCGCUAUCAUUACUGGUUCUAUCUAUUACGUCGUUACCUCUUCUAAAGAUCCUAACUAUAUUGUUGUGCCGAUUUUACAAUCUCGCGCAAGUCGUUAA